AUAUAAAACACCCUUGUUCCUUCUCUACUCAAUUCAUCAUUCUCAAAAAAUUAUAUUCGUCAUCAUCAUCAACACACAAAAAUAGAGAGAAGCAAAAACUCAAACAAAAGCACUAAGAGGAAAAAUGGAUUCCAACUCAGAUUGCAAUGACAAGAAGAAAAGUGUAAUGCAAUCAAUGCUGCUCUGCUGCAAGCUGCACAUAUCCGAAUCACGCAACAGAGAAGCUCUAGAACUCAUUGAGCGCGCUGCCAAACUUGAUCCUGAAACAGCCAUUAUUAACAUAUUUUCAGACUGUUAUUACAACCGUGUGAACUACACUCUUGUAUCAUAUGUUAUUCAUGACAGCACUGGGUGUCCCAUUUACAGCCCCUUGCAUCAAACUGUCGUGGCGAUUGUUGGUGCUGCCUAUGAUGCCAUAAAUCUCGAGCAGCACUCUGGUGCUCAUCCCCGCCUUGGUGUCGUGGAUGACAUUUUCAUUUAUCCACUGGCGCGAGCUUCCCUGGAUGAAGCUGCUUGGCUUGCUAAAAAGGUUGCAGCUGAUAUUGGAAACCGGUUUCAAGUACCUGUUUAUUUAUAUGCUGCGGCUCACCCUAUGGGGAAAGCACUAGACACCAUAAGGAGGGAGCUAGGCUAUUACCGGUCCAACUCCAGGGGCAUCCAGUGGGCAGGGUGGGCUCAACCAGAGCAGGUCCCAGUUAAACCCGAUGAAGGUCCAGACGUGGUGUCUCAAUCUAGAGGUAUUGUGAUGAUUGGAGCUCAUCAAUGGAUUGCCAUGUACAACAUCCCAAUCAUGUCCACGGAUCUCUCAGUUGCUAGACGAAUUGCUCAGAGGGUGAGUGCUCGAGGUGGUGGCCUACCCACCGUGCAAACUCUAGGCCUGUUUCACGGUGGGGACACAACCGAGAUAGCUUGCAUUCUGCUGGAACCAAACCAAAUUGGAGCUGAUCGCGUCCAGAACCAUGUUGAGACACUGGCAUCUCAAGAAAACUUGGAUGUCCAGAAAGGGUAUUUUACUGAUUUGUCACCUGAAAUGAUUAUUGAAAGAUAUAGGAAAUUAAUUUCCAAUUCAACAAACUGAUUUAUCUGUGUAAUCUCUGUAAAAGGCUACUCACUCUGAUUUAAGCUUCCUGUCAAUAAGAGAAUGCAUUGACAUAUCAUUCUCCUCAAUGUAACUGCACAUUGCAAACUGGAAUGGUGACUUUUUAGUUGUUAACUUUGAAAUUUAUAAUUGCAUGGUUCUUGGUGGGA